UCGUUUUAUGAAUGAUCUCGUCGACUAUCUAUCUGCUAUAAAAGCACUCGCAUUUUCAGUUGGAAAUCAGGUCAAACUUCACAGAGUUUAACAAGUUUAUUCAACAUGAAAUUCAUUCUUAUCCUCGCUUGUCUGGCGCUUUUCGUGGCCCACACUCAGGCCCAAAACUGCCUCGGUAUGGUUGUGGCAUUCAGGAGAACUUGCGUUGGACCUCGAAAUGAAGGAACAACCUUUGUUCCCCAUUGCGCAGGUCGUGGAAAUCCAAACAUGUGGUGGUACGAUGGUAGUGACAGGACCUGCAAGCCACUGAACUUUCGCGGAUGUGGUGGCAACCGCAAUCGCUACUGCACUCGGGAGCAAUGCGUGAGGAGGUGCAGAGCUAAUUAAAGGACGGAUAUAUGAAUAUUGAAAUAAAUCGA